AUGCUAACCAAUUACCAAGAGAGUGAGCUGGAAGUGGAUUCUUCAGCUCCCUAUGAGCUUGGGGAUGACGACAACCCUGAUCGACAGCCCGAAGGCAACCUCGUGAGAGACCCCGAGCCAGAAUCACACAGCAAAGCCAUUUCCAGCUUCCCGAGACUACAAGCCAGGGGCGCCGGGAGCUCCACCGAACAGAGGAGCCCGGAGCAGCCGGAGGCGGGGAGCGCGACGCCGGCCGAGCCCGAGCCCGAGCCCAGCGGCGGAGGCUCUGCGGCGGAGGCGGCGCCCGGAUCGUCGGCGGACGCGACCAUCGCCGCUGCGGACCCCGCCACCAAGCUACUACAGAAGAAUGGUCAGCUGUCCACUGUGAACGGCUUAGCAGAGCAAGGCCUCCAGGAGGGAGCCCUGAAUGGCCAGGAGGAGGAGGAAACUGUCCCAGAUGUUGGACAGAGAGAGUCUGAAGAUGUGACUGAAAGGGACUCAGACAAAGACAUGGCUGCUAACUCAGCGGCGGUUCAAGACAUCACGAAGGAGGGGCAGGAGGAAAUGCCUGAGAUGAUGGAACAGAUCCCUGCCUCAGAAAGCAGUGUAGACGAGCUGAUGCAACCCGCUGAGCCCCAGGCUAACGACGUAGGAUUUAAGAAGGUGUUUAAGUUUGUCGGCUUCAAAUUCACUGUGAAGAAGGAUAAGACAGAGAAGUCUGACACUGUGCAGCUUCUCACCGUCAAAAAGGAUGAAGGCGGAGGGCCAGGGGCGUCCGACGGGGCUGGUGAGCGCCGGGAACCCAGCCGGGAGAUGGGGGACGCGACAUCCACAGACACUGAACUCAAACAGUCCACAGAGAAGCCCGAAGAGACGCCCAGACACGAGCUGAGCCGCCCAGAAGUCUCCCUUCAGGGGGAGUCCGGUCCACCAGCCGAGGAAGGCAAAGAUGAAGGAGGAGAAAAACAAGAGAAGGAACCCGCCAGAUCUCCAGAUUCUCCGACUAGUCCAGUGGCCAGCGAAACGGCAUCGCCCUUCAAAAAAUUCUUCACUCAAGGUUGGGCCGGCUGGCGAAAAAAGACCAGUUUCAGGAAGCCUCGGGAGGAUGAGCUGGAGGCUUCAGAGAAGAAAAAGGAACAAGAGGCAGAAAAGGCAGACACAGAAGAAAACGAGAAGACGGAAGAUCUCUCCGAGCAGCCGCCCUCACAGGAGGCCCGCGAGAGCGCCCAGGAUGCCAGGCUGUCGGCUGAGUAUGAAAAAGUGGAGCUGCCCCCCGAAGACCAAGGGCAAGCACCUCCCGAAGAGAAACCCGCCCCGUUAGCAACAGAAGUAUUCGAUGAAAAAGUAGAGAUUGUCGCGGAAGUCCACGUCAGCACUGCAGAGAAGGGCACGGAGGAGCAGAAAGCCGAGGUCGAAGAAGCAGUAGAGCCCGCGCCACCUGAGCGAUCGCUUGAAACGGACGCCGACCUUCCGGACGCCGAGCCCCCGGAGGCGCUGCUGAAGAUGCAGGAAGAGGCGCGCGCCGCCAGCGGGGACCACGCCCAGCCGGCCGAGCUCUGCGCAGACGCGAAAGCGCCUCCCACGCCCCCUGAGGGCGUCGCGGGGGAGGUGGAAGUGCCGUCCUCGCAGGAGAGAACUAAGGGGCAGGGAAGCCCUUUAAAGAAACUGUUCACUAGCGGCGGCUUAAAAAAGCUCUCUGGAAAGAAACAGAAAGGGAAACGAGGAGGAGAUGAGGAGUCUGGGGAGCAGCAUCCAGCCUCGGCAGAUUCUCCCGACAGCCCAGACGAGCCCAAGGGCGAGAGCUCGGCCUCGUCCCCCGAAGAGCCCGAGGAGAUCACGUGCCUGGAGAAAGGCGUGGCCGAGGCCCCCCAGGACGGGGAGACGGAGGAAGGGACCGCUUCCGACGGAGAGAAGAAGAGGGAAGGUGUUACCCCCUGGGCAUCUUUCAAAAAGAUGGUGACGCCCAAGAAACGCGUGAGAAGGCUCUCUGAAAGUGACAAGGAGGACGAAGUGGACAAGGUCAAGAGCGCCACCCUGUCCUCCACGGAGAGCACCGCCUCUGAAAUGCAGGAAGAGGGGAAAGGAAACGGAGAGGAGCAGAAGCCGGAAGAGCCAAAGCGCAAGGUUGACACCUCCGUGUCCUGGGAAGCUCUGAUUUGUGUGGGGUCAUCCAAGAAAAGAGCAAGGAAAGCAUCCUCUUCGGACGACGAAGGGGGACCAAAACCCCCGGGAGGAGACAGCCAAAAACCAGAGGAAGCAGGGAGAGACAGGGAGCCGGGCCCAGACGCGCUCCCUGCCGGCUCCCAAGACCACUACCAACCCCCAGGAAGUUCCUCACCCGAGCAGGCCGGCAGCCCCUCUGAAGGGGAGGGGGUCUCCACCUGGGAGUCAUUUAAAAGAUUAGUCACCUCGAGAAAAAAAUCGAAGUCAAAACUGGAAGAGAAAAGCGAAGACUUGGUAGCUGGGUCCGGCCUAGAAUAUUCAGCCUCAGAUGCUGAGCUGGGGAAAGAAGAGUCUUGGGUUUCAAUCAGGAAGUUUAUUCCUGGGCGAAGGAAGAAAAGGCUGGAUGGGAAACAAGAACAAGCGGCGAUGGAAGAUACGGGGCCAACGGAGGUCAACGAGGACGAUUCGGACGUCCCAGCCGUGGUGCCUCUGUCCGAGUACGAUGCGGUGGAAAGGGAGAAAACAGAAGCACAGCAGGCUCCGAGGAGCGAGGAGAGCCCUGAGCAGAAGGUGGCUGUCGACGUGUCGGAGGAGCUCAGUAAGAGUCUGGUUCACACCGUGACUGUGGCUGUCAUGGACGGGACAAGGGCUGUUACUAGCAUUGAAGAAAGGGCACCUUCCUGGAUCUCUGCUUCGGUGACAGAACCUCUUGAACAAGUAGAAGAUGAAGACCAGCCACCGUCUGGGGAGGUGUUUGAAAAAGAAAUCGUUGCAGAGGAAACCCCCGUCGAUACCAAAACGCUGCCAGAGAGCCAGGAGGCCACUGAUGACACAGUCGCCAGCAAGGUGGAAUUGACCCCUGCAGCUCUGACGGCCUCAGAAACCACAGAGGCACUCUGUGCUGAAGAAGCCACAGAAGCCUCUGGUGCUGAAGAGACCACCGACAUGGUUUCGGCUGUUUCCCAGUUAACCGACUUUCCAGACACCACAGAGGAAGCAACACCUGUUCAGGAGGUGGAGGGCAGCGUGCCUGACAUGGAAGACCAGGCGAAGAGGACCCGAGAGGUGCUGCAGGCCGUUGCAGAAAAAGUUAAAGAGGAAUCUCAGCUGCCUGACGCCAGAGGGCUAGACGACACCAUCCAGACCACCCAGAAAGGACAAGCAAAAAUACUGGAGCAGGUGGAGGAAGCAGAAGAGGAUUCUCACGCACUCGAUCAGAAGGAAGCAACGGAUGGAGCCUCCAAAAUACAUGUACAAGAAACGAAAACUGAGACCUUGACACAGGGGACGGCGAUUGUACAGGCCACCCCGGAAAGCUUGGAAGAAAUUCCUCCAGGCACAGAGAGUGCAGAGGCCAGGGAGCUUACAAGCACUUGUCCAGCUGAAACCAUGGCUGCGGUAAAACCAGAGACUGUCCCAGAACAGGCUCUUGCUCCUGACUCAGCUGAAACCCUCACAGACAGUGAGACCAAUGGAAGCACCCCAGUAGCGGAUUUUGAAGCUACACAUGUAAACCAGCAGACCAAGAUCCUGGAAAUCGAUGAAGAUGGUGAGGUUCCAUCCGGUACCCAAUACCAGGUCACGGAAGGUGAGGCACUUCCUGAACUGAAAGAGAUGCCUCCAGAACCUUCCAAUUUUCAAUCCCAGGAAGAAAAGCAUUCAAAAAUGGAAGAGGUUCUAGAACGUACAGAUAAAGAGGUAACAGUGGAAACUGUACCCAUCCUUUCAAAGACUGAGGUGAUUCAAGAGGCUGGCCGAUGUGCUGAUGAGGAAGCCAAAGAGGAGCCAUCUGUCGAAGGCCUUGUGGUGUCUGCUGACACAGAAACAACCGAGAAAAAGAUAACUGAAGUCGCCCUUGAGGAUGAAGUUACGAAAAAAGCUGAGUUUCAAAAGAAUGAUGAUCUCGAACUCCAGAGACCUGCUAAGUCUCUUCCAACCCCAGUGGAGAGAGAGAGGGUAGUUCAAGUGGAAAGGGACAAAACAGAAUUGGAGCCAACUCAAGUAAAUGAAGAGAAACUUGAGUGCAAACCAGCUGUUACCACAUGUGAAGAGCUCAGUAAGCAACUGGUUCAGGCAGUGAAUGUAACCGUCAUAGACGGGGAAAAGGAAGUCAUCAGUUUUGAAGGAAGUUCUCUGCCCGUUCGCGAGGAAGAGGCAUGCACAGAAAUUCAAGUUCAAAGCUCUGAGGCACCAUUAGCUCUAACAGCUGCAGCAGUGGGGGAGAAGGUCUUAGGAGAAGCUAUCAAGAUUUUAGAAACAGCGGAAACUUUGGAAUCUGCAGAGGCACGUUUAGUACCGGAAGAAGAGUCCUCAGAAAAAGACGAAGGCUCUCCUGCUCAGCCGGGGGAAGACACGGUGCCCACAGGGACUGAGUCUCAGGCCAAAUCAAUACCGGUAAUAGAAUCUGUUACGCCUGAAAAAGGCAUCAGCGCUGAGCUGGAAGGAGAUAAAACCACAUCACAGACAUGGGAGUCAGAUGGAGACGGUGAGCAGGUUGGUUGUCAGGAAGGCAGAGUAAGCAAAACAAGAGAGGAAGAUUUAAAGGCUGAAAAUGAGAUUUUGAAACUUGAGACAGAGAGCUGCAAGCUUGUACAAAACGUAAUUCAGACAGUUGUUGACCAGUUGGGGAGUACAGAAGAAAUGGCCGCUGCUUUCCAGACCCAGGCUCAGCUGACGGAAGCCGACAGCCAGGAAGCUGGGCAGAAAAUUGAGAAAGAAGAAAGCAAACUUCAGGCCCACACGUUGGAUGAAACACAAACCAUCGAAGCCAAAGAGGAGUCCCCACUAAGUGCCGGGGAACACACACAUCCAGAUGUUUCUGAAGAUGUGAAUGAAGCUUUAGAGAAGAUGGCGGCCACUAGGGUAGAAGGUUCCCCGGUAGAUGGCCAGCAGCUUGAAGAGGUAGCUUUCCCAUCCAAGGAAAAGAGAGAAGCCCCUGAAACAAAGUCUGUGCCAGAAGACGACGGUGGUCCCGGGUUUGGAGAAAGAACAGAGAAGUCACCGUUUGAAUCCCGAGAUGAAAAAGGUGAUGCUGCUGCUGACCCCGGGAUCCAAACCUCAGCCCCGGAAGAUGCUGAGGCAUCAGGAGGCUCAACCAAAGAGUCUCCAGAUACAACUGGACCCAAACUGAAAGAGAAGGGAGAUGGCCAGGAAGUAGAAUUUCAGAAAGAAAAAGUGCAGAGUGAGUCAGAAAAAGAGAUCAAAACACAGACACAGGAGACACAGGACCAAGAGAGAGCACCGGCAAAACCCAAACCCACAGAAUCCUAA